AUGCAAGAGAGUGAAAAAUUCACCAGCUUUCCCUUGCUGGACAUGUUUGAAUACAGUGAUCCUCUUUAUGCAUCUUUGGACAUUGUUCCAGCUGAAGAGAAUACUACUCUCAUGCAAGAUGAUCUGGAGUACUUUUUUUGGAAACUGGAUGAUGAAGUCAUGGGGGGUUUUCGCGAUUUUCCAUUCAAAUAUGAUGAGCCUCCAUUGUUACUAUCGUAUGAUAGUAGUGAUAGUAAUAAUGUUACUAAUGGGGAUAUGAAUGGUAGUGGUGAUCAAGAGGAGGAAGACAAGAAAAAGAGGAUUAGUAGUUGUAGGAAUGUGGCAAAGGGUCAAAGAAGCAGUAAUGUGUUGACAAAGGAAGAGAUUUCCAAGUACUUUUACAUGCCAAUAACACAAGCUGCAAAGGAGCUUAAUAUUGGACUGACACUUUUGAAGAAAAGGUGCAGGGAGCUAGGGAUCCCCAGGUGGCCUCAUCGAAAACUCAUGAGCAUUCAAACGCUCAUCAGAAAUGUCAAGGAACUGGAAAAGGAAGAAGACGGGGGAGAGAAGCUGAGGCAAGCGGUAGGGAUGUUGGAGCAAGAGAAGAAGUUGCUGGAAAAAUCUCCGAAUUUGAAACUGAUGGAAAACACAAAGAGGCUAAGACAAGCUUGUUUUAAGGCCAAUUAUAAGAGAAGGAAGAACAUGAUGGAUACUGAAUCAGCAUCGCGGGAAAUGAUUGUGGAUGGCCGAGAUCAUUUUGAUCAGUAUUCAUUACCUUUUGCUGACCCUGUUGCACUUCCUGAUCAACAGGCCACGGUUGCAAGGGAUGGCAUUGAAGAAGAUGUGAAACCAUGGAUUAACAUUUUCUAAUUCUUAUUGCUCUAGUGGUAUCAUGUUUUAAGUCAUUAAAUCAGUCUAGCUAGUACAUACAUGGAGUUAAGGCAUGUAGAUACACAUCCUAGUUGUUAUCAGGAUCAGUUGCUCUUAGUAUGAAUUGAUUCAUAUUGGCCAGUUUCCAGUAACAGUUAAUCAGCAGUCUCAGCUCUCAAUGUAACUAAUGUGUAGCCUGUUUAAAUUUAGUGGAUAAAUAAAUUAGUUGUAAUCAUACUUGGUACAGUUCUACAUAUAUUCACAUUUAAGAUCCUAUUCUGAAAUAAGAACAGAGCAGCUUAGGGUAGUAUGAGA